CUCCUGUGGUUUUUUUUGUGAGGGAGGGGGGCGUUUGUAAGACAACCGAAGCGCGCUUGUGUGUUUGUGCCCUUGAGGACGGAUUCCCUCCCAGGAUGCAUCAGCUGAUUGUGGUUACCUCAGUGUUGGUGGCACUCUGCUCUCUGGGGAGUGUGGAUACUUCUGCCUACGAUAAGAUAGUGACCCACAGUCGCAUACGGGCCAGGAAAGAAGGACCCAAUGUGUGCGCCCUGCAACAAGUCCAGGGUUCUAAAAAGAAGUACUUCAGCACAUGUAGGAACUGGUACAAAGGCUCCAUCUGUGGCAAGAAGACCCUGGUCCUAUAUGAAUGCUGCCCUGGUUACAUCAAGCUGGAGGGUGCGAGAGGAUGCCCUGCAGUGGCUCCCAUUGACCAUGUCUACGGUACGCUGGGGCUCAUAAAGGCUACCACCACGCAGCAAUACUCUGACAUGGCCAAGCUGAGGGAGGAAAUUGAAGGCAGAGGCUCCUUUACCAUGUUUGCACCCAGCAAUGAUGCCUGGGAUCUGGUGGACUCUGAUGUACGGUCUGCACUGGUAAGCAACGUGAACAUCGAGCUGUACAACGCUCUUCACUUCCACAUGGUCAACCACCGCAUUUUGACCAAAGACAUGAAGAACGACAUGACUUUCACUUCCAUGUACAACGACCUGGGCCUGUACAUCAACCACUACUCCAAUGGGAUCGUGACAGUGAACUGUGCCAGGAUCAUCCUUGGUAAUCAGGUGGCCACAAACGGUGUGGUGCAUGUCAUUGAUCGGGUCAUCAGCAGUGUUGGCAACAACAUCAAAGAAGUGCUGGACGUCACCGAUGAGCUCUCCGCCUUCACAGAUGUAGUGUUGGCUUCCGGUAUGAUGGACAAGCUGGACCAGCCUGGCCACUUUACCCUGUUUGCUCCCACUAAUGAAGCCAUGGACAAACUGAGCCCAGGCUACCUGGAGCGUAUCAUGGGAGACAAGGCUGUAAUUGCAGCCCUGGUGAACUACCACCUGUUGAACAGUAUCCAGUGUUCAGAAGCAGUCAUGUCAGGGUCAACGUAUGAGACCGCCGAGGGCAGCACCAUAGAGAUCGGCUGUGACGGCGACAGUCUGACGGUCAACGGGAUCACCAUGGUGCUGAAGAAGGACGUUGUCACCACCAAUGGCGUCAUCCACUUCAUCGACCAGGUGCUCGUCCCUGACUCAGCCAAGGAAGGGUUGGCGCUGAUGGGAGACUCCCAGAGCACUUUCAGCAACCUGCUGUACGAAGAGGGCUUUUCGGCUGUCCUGGGUCCGAAGACAGAGUACACGCUCCUUGCUCCUCUCGACUCUGCCUUCACACAUGAGGUGACAGAUGAAAAAAUGCUGAAAUCCAUUUUGCAAAACCACAUCUUGAAGAUGAAAGUUACUCUGAGCGAGCUCUACAAUGGACAGAUGCUGGAAACAAUGGCUGGCAAACUGCUCAGAGUCUUCAUUUACCGCACUGCCGUGUGCAUAGAAAAUGCAUGUAUGGUGCGCGGCAGCAAAGAGGGAAGCAAAAGUGCGCUCCAUGUUAUGAGGACUCUCAUCAAACCGCCCGAGAAAACGCUCUAUGAGCUCCUGAUCGCUGACAGGCGGUUCAAGAUUUUUCUGUCGCUGGUUGAGACAGCAGGACUGACUGAUCUGCUGAAGCAAGAAGGCUCCUACACCAUCUUUGCACCCACUGACGAUGCCUUUGAUAGCCUCAGUAGAGAGGACCUUGCUCUGCUCAAAAGUGAUCUGAACUCUCUGAGAACCAUUUUGCUGUACCACUUCAGUAACGGCAUCUUCAUCAACGGAGGAUUAGAGCGAGGAGUUACCAAUCUGCUCAAAACCUUCCAGGGCAGAAACCUGCAAGUUAUGUCUGUAAACAACUCUAUUCAUGUCAAUUCUGUGGACGUGCCAGACAGUGACCUGAUGGCGACAAACGGCGUGGUCCAUGUGGUGAAGAACGUUCUCUAUCCUGCGGAUCUUCCCGUGGGCCGGCAGGACCUUCUGGUCCUCCUGAAGAAGCUGAUCAAGUACAUCCAUAUAACGUAUAAUUCUGGAUUUACUUAUGAGGAGAUUCCCCUCACGUUCAUAAGGAGAACCAUCACAACUACACACAUUGAAAAAGAGCCUACUUUUACCAAGGUCACAAGAGUCUUGCAGGCAGAUCCAGUGAUCACUAAGGUUGUUGCCAAGGGAGAGCCGGUGGUCACCAAGGUAACCAGGGUCAUUCAGGGGGACCCUUCCAUGACUAAGGUUACAAGAGUUAUCGAGGUCCCUAAGAUCACCACCAUCCACAGCAACCCAAAUCGGAUCGAUGAGGAAUCGGAGAGAAUAGCCAUACUCAUUCAAGAGGGAGGCGGAUUCGCUGCUGCUAGGAAAGCUCCAGUUGGAAUGAGAAAGAGGAGAAAACAGAUGGUGAGGCGUCACCCUAAACCAAGGGAAUUAAUCGAAAAGUAAGAAAACCCCUUUUGGGCACGGAGACUGAAAGCCUCCUGAGGUGCUCUUGGUUGAGUGCUCUGGACUAAUAGGGAGAGAUGUAAUCAGUUUAGCUAUUUUCGCUUCCAAACCACCUGUAAGAAUGAUUGUUUGCUAUUUCAUAUGGACCAUAAUGUGGGUGCAAUGGGAUCAGAAUACCUUAUAAGUCUUGUGAAUUUGCAAGGGAAAUAUGGAAUGUUUCCUUGAUGGUGUAUAAUUGAGAUAUUUCCACCACUGAAAGGUUCACUUUGGCUUGGGAAGGUUAUUAGAUCUUUUCUAUGGUGCUUAUAUUCUUUACAGUGUCUUUUCAUGUAUAUGACAAGUGUAACAGGGCUAUAGAUGCUGUUCUGAACCUCUGUAAAUUAUCCCGUUGGGAUUAGAGAAAAUACAAAUAAAUUGUUUACAUUUUUUCGUGA